UUGUGUGUGUGUAAAGUGUGAAAGUUGGUUUUUGAGCUUUUUGUGGCUGUGUGAAGUGUGAAGUGCAGCUGCUUUUAUAUUGUGUGUGAGUCAGUUGUGUUGUGUCUGUAAAGUGUGAAAGUUGGUUUUUGAGCUUUUUGUGGCUGUGUGAAGUGUGAAGUGCAGCUGCUUUUAUAUUGUGUGUGCGUCAGUUGUGUUGUGUUGUGUUGUGUGUGUGUAAAGUGUGAAAGUUGGUUUUUGGUACCUCUUAUUGUUUUUUAUACUUUGUUUAUUAUUUUUAUUAUUUAUUGUUAUUGGCCAUGCCCACUCAGUCAUCUGACCACCAAGCCACGCCCACCAAUUAAGCCACGCCCACAGAACCGGUAGGGAAAAUGUUUAGAUUUCACCCCGCCCUAGUCCUUCUUUUCAUUAAGCUAGACAUACCCAUAUUAGACUACGUAUUAGCUAUAAAUAAUCUGUUCUAUUUGAUUGUAACAUUUUGAGUCACUUGGCAGCCUGUAAAACGAUAUGGAAAUAUAUACUCCAUGUGGAUCGGACCUCAACUUAUAGUCGUGCUGUCUGGAUUCAAAGCUGUGAAAGAAGGAAUGACCAGCUUCCCAGAAGAAUUCUCUGAUCGACCAGAUGAUGGUUUCUUCAGUGCUUUGCGGAAAGGAAGAGGGAUUCUUCUUUCGAAUGGCCACAUCUGGAAACAGCAGCGACGUAUUAGCAUCACUUCUCUACGGAAGCUGGGCCUGGGGAAGAAAAGCAUUGAGCAUCAGAUAGAAGAGGUAGCUCAGACACUGGUGGAGACCUUUAAACAAACAAAGGGACGCCCAUUUGAUCCUUCAAUUCCAGUAUUAAAUGCAGUUUCUAACAUCAUAUGUGCUUUGAGUUUUGGACAUCAGUUUGUUCCAGAAGAUGAAAACUUCCAGAAGCUAACUGAAGCCCUUAAAAUUCUUGUGAAUUUCACUGGUAACAUUUUCCACAUGGCAUAUGCUUUGUUACCACAAUUAAUGAACUACCUCCCAGGCCCUCACAAGAAGGCUCUGGCUUCCAUGAAUUUAAUCCUUGCGUUUGCAAAGCAGGAAAUAGAAAAACACAAGGAAUCCCACUAUUUGCAUGAGCCACAAGAUUUCAUCGAUCACUAUCUUCUUCAGAUAGAGAAGAGCAGAAAUGACCCCAACCCUACCUACGAUGAAGAGAAUCUGGCUGUGUGUAUUAUGGAUUUUUUCGCUGCUGGAACGGAGUCAACUUUUGCUAGUAUGAUAUGGGCACUGCUCAUGUUGACCAAUCAUCCUGACAUCCAAGAGAAAAUCCAGAAAGAAAUCGAAGAUGUGUUUGGUUUCUCACGGUCCAUUUCCUACCAGGAUCGGAAGAAGCUGCCUUACACGAAUGCCGUGAUUCUUGAAAUGCAACGUUUAAAAUAUGCUGUGCUAAUUGGGGCUCCCAGGAAAAGUACAAAGGAUGUAAAGAUGAGGGGCUAUUACAUUCCAAAGGGGACUGUUAUUGUCCCAGACUUGCUUUCUGUUCUCCAUGAUCCUGAACAAUGGGAGACACCUAAAGAAUUCAACCCAAAUCACUUUUUGGAUAAGGAUGGGAAGUUUACUGAACGAGAAGAAUUUCUGCCAUUUGGAAUAGGUCAACGUGCCUGUGUGGGAGAGCAGUUAGCAAGAAUUGAGAUCUUCAUCUUUCUGACCAGCCUGUUGAGGGCCUUCAGCUUCCAGUUGCCUGAAGGAGUGAAAGAACUCAACGAAGCACCUAUUGUAAAGACGUCAAUGCAUCCACACCCUUAUAAACUGUGUGCUAUUCCCACACAGACUUAAACAUAAAAAGCACAAAACUAAAUACAGACUAAAUAUUCAGUAUGAUAAAUAUUUCCCAAGGUGGCUCAGGGGCUAGGACGUUGAGCUUGUCGAUCGAAAGAUCAGCAGCUCAGCGGUUCGAAUCCCUAGUGCUGCCGUGUAAUGGGGUGAGCUCCCGUUACUUGUCCCAGCUUCUGCCAACCUAGCAGUUUCAAAAGCACAUAAAAAUGCAAGUAGAAAAAAUAGGGACCACCUUUGGUGGGAAGGUAACAGCGUUCCGUGCGCCUUUGGCGUUGAGUCAUGCCGGCCACAUGACCACGGAGACGUCUUCGGACAGCGCUGGCUCUUCGGCUUUGAAACGGAGAUGAGCACCGCCCCCUAGAGUCGGAAAUGACUAGGACGUAUGUGUGAGGGGAACCUUUACCUUUACCUAAAUAUUUCCCAUAUACCUAUUUGCUUAAUAUUGUGUUUUGCUUCUAUUUAAUCAAUACUGAAACUUAGUCAUUAUAUUGUUGGGUUCACACAACAUAACUAAUGUGGACAACCAAAGACCAGGAGGUUGUGUAUGAAAAAUGUGCCAAGUAACCUUUGUUUCCUUUGGAUGUCAAAAAAAAAACAUAUUACUUUCCAUUACUAUCUUUUUUUAUUUUUGAUAAAUUUUCCCCUCAGAAUUCUUUGAUUAUACAAUAUAUUCCUCUGACUCAAUGACAAGAAAGUGGUCUCUGCUGUGUAAUCCUGCCGAGGGCCUUUGUUAGCCUUAUAUUGUGGAGAUUGAACCGGUACCUAAUUGAAGGACCUGCCAGGCUUCUGGGACAUUUUACAAGAAGAGUUCUCCACUCCUCCGAAUACAACAAAAUACCUUAUGCCACCAGACUUGAAAUCCUGGGUUUAGAAAAUUUAGAACUCCGCCGCCUUCGACAUGACCUGAGUUUAACUCAUAGAAUCAUCUAUUACAAUGUCCUUCCUGUCAAAGACUACUUCAGCUUCAAUCACAACCAUACACGAGCACACAACAGAUUUAAGCUUAAUGUUAACCGCUCCAAUCUUGAUUGUAGAAAAUAUGACUUCAGUAACAGAGUUGUUAAUGCUUGGAAUACACUACCUGACUCUGUGGUCUCUUCCCAAAAUCCCAAAAGCUUCAAUCAAAAACUGUCUACUAUUGAUCUCACCCCAUUCCUAAGAGGUCUGUAAGGGGCGUGCAUAAGAGCACAAACAUGCCUACCGUUCCUGUCCUAUUGUUUUCCUUUGUUAUAUCCAAUUAAUAUAGUUAUUACAUACUCAUAUAUAUGCUUAUGUGUUGUAUAGUUGUUUCAUGCUUAUGCUUAUAUAU